AUAAGUAUUUAUCGUCGUAACUUUCUCAAAAGGGGGAUCUUAAUAUUAAAUAACGAAGAUAAAUAGCAAUUUGGAACGAACGUGUCCGAUCAUCAAGUUCAUCAAUUUUUCAAGACGAUAUUGGAAACAACCUUCCCGCUCGACAAGUUUGUUCAGCAAGAGCUCACGAGAGAACUCGAGAAACAGUUAACCGAAGGCACUUUAAGGAUAAUUUACACGGCGAGAAAAAAAAAAGAGGAAAAGAGAGAGACAUACAGGCGAGUACGCACGAGCAGCGCGUACGAUCACAAAAUCGCAUAUCACACCCAGCCCACGCACGAUUCGCGCGUGCGUGCUCACGUGCUCACGGAUGCAACCGGGUGGUGCAACGUGGCCAGCAUCACGCACCCACGCUUCGAGCGCCCACGCGAGAUGCGUAUGAGCGCGUGACGUCCUUCGUCACACGAGAACGGGCCGAUUGAGCGGAUGAACAGAAUCUAGCGGGAGAUCCCAGUCCAAGAGUGAAUCAUGCGUCCCACGCUUUUGCCGGCGCCGCUUCUGCUGGCGGUGCUGUUCGCCUGCCAGGUAGCCCGCUGCUUCCUGCUGGAGGGUUCCGCGACGAGCUACGCACAAUUUCGCAAAUGGAAUGCCGGCCUGAACGGCACCCUCGAGUUCGAGUUCAAGACCGAGCAGGGUAACGGGCUGCUACUGUACACGGACGACGGCGGCACUUACGACUUCUUCGAGGUGAAACUGGUCGAGAGCGCUCUCAGACUGAGGUACAAUCUUGGCGGCGGGGCGCAGAUCGUCACGGUUGGCCACGACCUCGGCGACGGCCAUUGGCACAAGGUACAGAUCAGCAGGUGCAACGAGAACACUACCCUGACUGUGGACGGUGUCGGCGCGGUCUCGACGUCGCGCGGCAAGGAGUUCGAGUUCGGCAAGCUCGCCGGGAACUCGGACGUCUACGUGGGCGGUAUGCCUAGCUGGUACAACAGCAAGCUGACGCUGUUGGCGCUGCCUAGCGUGAUAUUCGAGCCAAGAUUCAAUGGAUUUAUUAGGAAUCUCGUGUAUGCCGACGGGGAGAAUACGGUGCCCAGAAGGCAGGAGAUGAAGAGUCGGGAUGUCAAGUGCGGUGGCUUUCCCUGUGUCGAGAGCGCCAAUAAACGCAAGUCGCCGAGGAGUUUACGCAUUAUGGCGAAUACGACAGAUGCCUGUGAAACUCGCGAUCCAUGUCAGCACGGUGGCAUUUGCAUUUCUACAGACAGUGGACCGAUCUGUGAGUGUCGCACCGGCGAUUAUGAAGGCGCAUAUUGUGAGAAAGACAAAGCUCCCUCGGAAGCAUCCUUCAGAGGGACUGAGUAUCUCACGAUAGAUUUGAGCAAAGGAGAACCAGUACUCAGUACACAAGAAUCCAUAAGCCUCCAGUUCAAAACGAGAGCAGCAAAUGGACUUCUAUUUUAUUCCGGAGAGGGCGAUGAUUAUCUCACUAUAUCGCUGAGAGACGGAGGCGCCGCAGUCAGUAUGAGCCUAGCCAAAGGAAGAUUGGAUUUGCACAUAAAGCCGGUCAAGUUGCGAUUCGAUGAUCGUCAAUGGCACAAAAUCGUCGUCCAUCGGAAGGUCCAAGAGAUCUCUUCAAUAACCAGCUUUUGCAGGCUCUCUGCUAUUGUCGAUGGGGUUUACGCUGAGCAUGGUCAUACUGCGGGGUCGUUCACACAUUUGGCCAGCGAUCGACUUCUCGUUGGUGGAGGAGCUGAUGCGAGGUCCUUGCAGGGCGCCAAAGGGAUCAUCAACUUUGUUGGAUGUCUGAGAAAGGUGGAGUUUGCUGCAGAAAGAAUCAGAAUGGAACUGAUCGAAGCGGCCAAGAGCGGAGCGGCGGGUGUUGCGGCUUGGGGAAAAAUGGAUUUUUUCUGUCGUGAACCCAGAACAGCAGAUCCAAUUACGUUUACCACUAGGGACUCGCAUCUCAAGGCCGGAUCAACAGUAAACAGGCGACUCCACGGCGCUUUGGUCACCUUCACCAGCCCAGAGUCCCACCUGGUUCUGCCACCCUGGAAAGCCGCCAAGACCGGGACUAUAUCCUUCAAAAUUCGUACGAACGAGCCCAAUGGAUUGAUCAUGUAUAGUCGCAGCGGAGCACAAACGAGGGAAGAUCUGUUUGCCUUCGAAAUUCUUGGCGGAUAUCUUUAUACGCACGCCGAUCUCGGGAGCGGCUCCGUUAAAGUAAAAUCGUCAAAGACACGCGUGGAUGAUGGCACCUGGCACGACGUUGUCCUGAGGAGAGUCGAGAGAGAAAUUCGAGUCACUGUCGACAGCAACAUAGUCGAGUUUCGUACGCCAGGAGAUUCCACGCAAUUAGACUUGGAUGGCUUAUUAUAUAUCGGUGGUGUGGGCGCACCUUUUGCGCCUUUAACUGUUCCACCUGUUUUGUGGACGGGCGCCCUUCGACAAGGCUACGUGGGAUGCAUGAGAGAUCUUGUUAUUAAUGGAAAUCCAAUAGACAUCGCGGGAUAUGCGCAGCAACAAGAUUCGGGUGCAGUAAGACCCGCAUGUCACAUGCAAGCCCCGCAUUGUUCUUCAAACCCGUGUAUGCAUCGUAGCGUUUGCCUUGAAGGGUGGAAUCGAUUUCACUGCGAUUGCACUAACACGUCUUUCACAGGACCUACCUGUGGCAAAGAUGCGUCAACAUUGCAUCUGAACGGUACGCAACAAAUGACGGCGUUGAUGCCGGAGGACUCCAGAACACAGGCGGAGGAAGUUGUCGUGCGAUUCAAAACGACAAGACCGCGCGGUCUUCUAUUGGCGACUAGCUUUGAGAACAGCGCUGAUCGCUUGCAGAUUUAUCUAGACGAGGGCAAGGCACAUAUGCUGAUUCACAUCGGAGACCGAGAAAAGUUAUUGACAACUGGGCAAGGUCUUAAUGAUGACUUGUGGCAUACACUAAAAUUCUCCAGACGAUUCAAUUUGCUCAAAUUCCAGAUCGACGAUGAUACGGCAAUGCGAGCGGAAGCGCAGCUGGGAAAGCAGGGCAUCUUGGAAUUUCGAACGCUCCACGUAGGCGGAUAUCUUCACGCGGGCGAGGACAUACCGCAUUUCGUGGGCCAGCUGCAGCAGAUCUGGUUCAACGGAUAUCCAUACCUGGAGAUUGCGCGCAGCGCUGGAAGCCAUCAAACCUCACAUCAGGGCGUCGCGCCCAUCAUUCGGGUCACUGGCAAGUUCGGGAAAAGAAAUCAUCCGGUUCACCAUCCGGUGACCUUCACCUCCAAACACACUUUCGUAGGACUUCCGGUACUCAAAGCGUACUUGGAGACCAACAUUUAUUUCCAGUUCAAAACGCGCGAAGCAAACGGCUUGAUCCUUUAUAAUGCCGGAAGAGAGCAUGAUUUCAUUGCGGUCGAGUUGGUAAACGGACACGUACACUACGUGUUUGACCUAGGCGACGGAGCUGUCAGGGUCAGGGACACUUCGAAAUCCAAGUUGAACGAUGGCAAAUGGCACGCCGUCAGUAUUGGCAGACCUGCCGCAAAGAGGCACACACUCUCUGUGGACGAUCACGUGACUGCUGUCAACAGCCAAGGUAGCAACGAGAAUCUUGAUCUCGAUGGCAUUUUGUAUAUAGGUGGAGUGGAGAAGGCGCAAUAUGGCCAAUUACCAAAACAGAUUCUCAGCCGUCACGGAUUCGAGGGAUGUCUGGCGUCGUUGGAUCUCAGCGGGGAAAGUACCGACCUCAUUACCGAUGCCGUCGUGCCAAGUUCUCUCGUCACAUCCGGAUGCGACAUUUACACCAACAUACAUCCGGGCAAGAAGUGUACUCAUGAUCUCUGUGCCAAUCAUGGCACAUGCGUGCAACAAUGGAAUAGCUACACAUGUGACUGCGACAUGACGAGUUUCACCGGACCGACUUGUAACGAUGAAGCUAUCGCUUACGAAUUCGGAGCAGGAAGAGGAAUUAUCACAUAUACCUUUCCGCCUGAUCGUCGACCGGAAAUGAAAAGAGAUACUGUGGCCUUGGGUUUCGUUACCAGCGUUAAUGACGCUGUAUUGCUUAGAAUAGAAUCUGCGUCGAGUAACGAUUAUCUCGAAAUCGAAAUUGUGGAAGGUAACGUUUUUGCGGUUUAUAAUAUGGGCACCAACGAUCAUCCAAUAGGCGAAGUUGGCGUGAAAGUUAAUGACAACCAAUAUCACGUGGUUAGAUUUACCAGAACUGGGCCGAACAGCACAUUACAAGUCGAUGACUACAAUUUGCAAUCUAAUCAUCCAUCGGGUCAUCAGCUGACAGUGUUUAACAGCCAGUCUACUAUUCAAGUAGGCGGUAGAUGGAAUCGCAGCAAGGGCAGAGUGGAACGUCCCUUCCUCGGCGUGAUAGCCGGACUGGUCGUCAAUGGUGCCAGAAUUUUAGAACUGGCAGCUGCUAAGGACGGUAAAGUUGCAACUAGAGGAGAUGUGCAGCUCCUGCCAGCAGGAAGUCUCCUGGAUCGCGCCCCGCCCUUACAAAGAAUGCAACAGACACCGGCGUCCGGAUUUCCCGGCGUCAUGGACGACCUCAUAUUCUCCGGCGCCGGAAGUGGCUGCGCCGGUGAUGACGAGGACGAGGAGUGCACUCCGAUCUACGAGUCAGGCUCCGGUAAGUAUGACAUCAUCACACCAGUGUACGUAGCGCCUACACGAUUGCCGACGACAUUGAGGCCGAAGCACAAAGAAAAUAUUCAAGAGCGUCCAACCUGCGACGACGAGGAAGAUUGCGAAGAGGGCUCCGGCGAUUCCAGAACGACAGAAGAAAUUUUUGUCACCUCGGCCACCGAUAUCAGCUCGGUGACGUACACGACGCCCCGUGAGUACUCGACGAGCCAUAUCAGCACCCAGACGACGUCGCCGUCGUCGACAACGUUGGGUCGCGACGUCGUCACCGUCUCCGUCCAAUACAACGUGUCAACCACAGACCUCGAAACCAGCCAUAGCAGCAGCGUCGUAACGCAUCGAUCGACAACCGUGACAACGCAGACGACCACGACGGAAAUGACGGAGCCACCACCGCCACCUCCACCGCCGGUGUAUCCACCGAUGCCCACUCCGCCCAAAAACAAUAACAACAAGCGGAUCACAUCCGAGGCGGCAGAGAAUGCCGCGCUUAUAAUCGGCAUUAUAGCCGCCGCGUUGAUAGCGAUAGUCUUGAUCAUAUUGAUAAUCCUCAAGUUUAAGAAUCGGCCGGAAACGAGUUAUAAGGUGGAUGAAACGAAGACGUUCUGCCAGGAUCCAAACGCGGCUCUGUUAGGCGCCGCUGGCUCCGGCCAGCCCUUCAAUGGCUCCUUGAAAAACGGCGCCAACGGCAGCAAAAGCAGCAAGAAACGAGAACUAAUAGACAUUAAAGAGUGGUACGUGUAAAGGGGGGUAUCCACAUAUUGGGCAGGACAUUGCCUUGUGCUUGAGAUUUGUGUAUAAGGAGUAUAGCCAAGGACUUGGCCAAAGAACAUGCACGUCAUCUUUCGUCGCUGGAAAGGAUUGAGAAUUGAAAGAGUCAGAGGAGAGUAAGUGAACACACAGUCUCUUAUGAGUCUCGCACAGGUGUACAAAGAAAAUGUACUCGCUGAUCAGAGCAUUCUCGUAAAAAAUCCUUGUCUGCUAAGUAUUAAAUGGGUCUGGUCCAAUGCGAGUACUGAGACUCCAAAGAUCUAUCUCGAUAUACAACACGAAAAAUAUCGAGUAUUCGUUAAGAGAGUUGCAAUGAACAAUAUUCAUGAGAAUGCCUCUGAUCAAUAGUGAAUACAACAUAGUUGCGCGUGCGAAAACGAUCUUUCCAUUACGAGUGAUGAAGAAGGGCACGUUUAGAAAAUUCUCGUGACAGCUUACGGGAAAAGCGGUGUAACAAAAGAUCGCAGUUAAAUAAAAAUCCUUUUACAAAAUCUUCUGUGCGAAAAGGAUUAAACGCACGAGAGACGAUCAGCGAUCUUAUCCUUGAUAAGGUACAUUUUCUAAGAACUUUAAUGUCGGGAUUAAUGGGUCGUAUAUCUAAGUGGAAAAACUCUUGGAAGAAAACAUGAUGAGACUAUGGUACCAUGGAAAUAUAUGAAAUUUCUCUUAAUUCUAAGGCGAAUUGAAAUGAAAUCGAUCGCACUUAGGAAGGUCCGUCGAAUUGCUCGCUCUCGCAAAGAGAGCCAACGAGUCGCGAGGUACCGAUCAACGAUCUAGCGCUAAUCUUCUUGUUUCCUUGACGCGAAAUCUCAAGACAAAAUUUAAACAUGCAGCAAGAAUCGGGCAUCGAUUGCAAACAUUUCAAAAGAAUUUUUCUCCCUAUUCAUUUGUCGUGAAUUUUUUCAAGUUAUGUUUAUAUAAAUAAUGCUUGCUGGCGCUGCUCGAUUUUUUUACUACAUAAUAGCAAAUUAAUUUGUCGAUUCCGAAACGAAAAGUUAAGGCUUUUCAUUAAUUUAGAAUGAUUUUUCCAUGAGGAACGAAGAGGAAAAACGAACGCAAAGAUCGUGAAAUUAAUCGUAGGAAUUAAUUAAAAAGGAAGGAAAUGUUGAAGGUGAUAUUAGCAGUGACUGAUUCGGACGAAUCUUAGGAAGCAACUUGCACUGACGUAGGCAGGCUAUUUUUAUUGUUUUACAAAUUUUACUUCCAACAUCCUCUCAGUGAACGCGACGUUAGAUCAUUCUUAAGUACGUGUGAAUAGUGUCAUUAGUUUUGAAUUUAUGUACAAUCUUUACUCUUUAUAGAGCUAAAUUAUCUAUUCAUUAAGAGCUAGAUAAUAAAAUGUCCGAGAGUGAUUUGUAUGAUCUUUUAA